AACCCGCCAAACUGUGUGUGCGCGCGUAAACAUGGAAACUGUGCGGCGGCGCUCGAAAGUGUGGCUUAACUUCACUAAAAUAAAUGACAAGUCGGCUCGGUGCAACAUUUGCAAAACAAUUAUAUCGUGCAAAGGCGGGUGUACCACCAACAUGAUCAAACAUCUCCGGGGUCAUGGUGUACAGAUAACUGAGUGCCCCGUCUUUGACGCGCUGCGCCGGCCAUCCUCCGUUGCCACUUCCUCCACUGCCUCUACCUCCGGCUCCGACCCUCACCCUAGCACCGCACUAUCAGCCAUACGACUUGAAAUUGCAACCGUUAGCCAGGCAGUUACUCCGUUCACCCUAACGUCCAAGGGAAAGAUGUCGGUGCAACAAGUGCAAGAGUGCCACAGAAAGGUUACAGCCUUUAUUGUAAAAAGGUUGCAUCCCUUUUCAGAUGUGGAAUCACCAACAUUUAGGGACAUGGUGAAAGCCAUCAACCCCAAGUACACACCACCUACCAGGGACUACUUGGCAAAUAAAUUAAUACCAUCUUGGUAUGAGGUCGAGAAGUCAAAUGUCAUUACAGAGCUCAGUGACGUCUGCUCUGUUGCACUCACAUGUGAUGGCUGGAGUAGCAUCACACAGGACCAUUACCUCACCAUCACAGAACACUAUAUAGUGGAGGGCAAAAUGCAGCAAAAAGUGCCAAAAACAAAAGCUGUGUACAAAGCACAGACUGGCUGUGUUGUGGCAGAGGAAAUAAGUGAUGUUCUGUCAGAGUUUGGCAUUUCUGGCAAAAUUAAAGCAGUCACUGUAGAUAAUGCUGCCAAUAUGGAUGUGGCUAUUAAGCACCUGCAAUUUGUCAAACUGGGCUGUUUUGCCCACUCACUUAAUUUAGGAGCACAAAGUCUGUACUCCUUAAAUUCAGUGAGUCAGUGGGUGGCCAAGAUCCGAACCAUUGUUGUGUGGAUGAAGAGGUGCUUGAUGGGGAAGGUGGUCCUCCAGGAGAAGCAAGAACUUCUACAGCUGCCCCGACAUGCACUCAUUCUUGAUGUGAGAACACGCUGGAACUCUCUUUAUCUAAUGCUGGAGAGAUUCACAGAGCAGUACCCUGCAAUUCAGGCAGCCAGCUUGGAUCCACGGCUGAGAAAGAAUAUGGAAAGGGACAGGCUUGCUCGGCUGACUGAGGAGGAUUUUCGGAAAGCAGAAGACUUCAUCAAGCUCAUGAAACUUUUCUACACUUCCACACUCUGCGUGUCUUCAGAAAAGAGCCCCACAUGUGGACAGAUAUUACCCAUUCUCCAAAAGCUCAAGGCACAUCUGACUGUGAAAGAGGGAGACACAGUGUUUGUAAAAGACCUUAAAAAACAAGUUUGGGGAAACCUAUCUAAGCGCUACCAGAAUGAUGAGACCAGGAACUUUCUCCAAGUGGCCACUGCUUUGGAUCCGCGCUUUAAACACAAGUUGGAGGAUGACACCGUCUGGGACCAGAUCCAGAGAAAGCUGAUUAAGCAGGUGAAAUGUCAUUCAUGCAUUAAAAUCUGAGAUCUAAUUGCUAGUUAUGUUCUUUGUAGUCAACAGAAGACUGUGGAGGUGAUGGGGACACCAUGCAGUCUGAGGAAAGGCCUGAGGAUGAGGGAGUGGAAAAUGAGGAUGAGGAGGACAGUGUAAGUGUACAAUAGCUGAUAUUAUAUAGGUUCUCAAUCUUAAUUAAGAUCAUGCCUUUAAUGGAUCAUGCCUUUAAUUUUCCUUUUUAGUGAUAAUACUGAUGAACCUUUUGUUUGUUUAGCAACCGCCUCCCUGCAAACUGUCCAGGAAGACUCCACUGGAGGAGCUGUUUGCUGAGGAAGAGGCACAGAACAUAGUGUCACAGCAGAGCUCCAUGUCAAUCAAGAAAACAGUGGAGAGAGAGCUGCAGACAUACCAGGAAAUUCCACCGGCCAUUAUGUCUGUGGACCCUGCUGCAUGGUGGUGGAACCAACGAAAAACGUAUCCUUUGCUGGCAGAUCUUGCUUUCUCAUAUUUAUGUGUUCAAGCUUCAUCUACGCCCAGCGAACGCGUGUUCUCCACUGCAGGAGACACUAUCUGUCCAGAACGCUCACGCCUACUGCCCGAGAAGGCAGAUAUGAUAAUUUUCCUUAACAAGAACUGUUUCUGAUUUUAUACUGUACCUGCUGCUAAUCUGGGCUAGGUUGUACAAGUUGUUCCUCUUUGUUUGUUCGAUAUUAUCUGCACCAGGUUAGCCCAUCAGUUGGAGCUCAGUUCAAAUUUAAAGAUUUGUAUUUUAUUGUAAUCUCCAAUUGUUGUUUAGGAGCACAUUGUAAUCUCCUGAAUGUUAGUGUUUGAAUUAUACCUGAGUGAUGCUUCUGUCAAUGGUAGAAUGUUUCUGACCCUCGGCCAAAGACUAGUGGUUGUGUCACUAGCGGGAGUGGUUUGUGCACACAUGCUUUGAAUGUGGGGUUGUCCAUAACCCGAUUAUUAAACCUCCACAGUGGAUGUGUGUCUAAUAAACAUCUCUUCAAAUACUGUGAACACAGCGAAUACUAGUUUUAUUAUCGGUCAUUAGCAUGUAGAAAACAUAACAUGCAGGAUUGUGAGUUGUUACUGUCUGAGACAUGUAUACUUUCAUAAGAGAUGAACACCUUUAAGGUGCUUUUUACUCUAUAUUGUUUCAAACAACCAGAUGUUACGGUUGGUUUCCAGCACAUCUGUUCAAAAUGUUACAUUUUCCAACAAAGAAUUUCUUUCAACUCCAAUUCUAGAGAUGUCGGGGACAGGCCCACAAUAUAUUAGGUUUAAAAAGUGUACCUCUGUGUAAAGAAAAUUCAUAACAUUUAUAUUUAUUUCAUAGAUUUGAUAUCUAUAUACUACCUAGUUGAAAACAGCCCUGUGAGAAAUUCAAAAUGAAGUUCAUAAAAAAAAAAAAUGUCAUUGAAUUCAAAUUCAUGGAGAAGUUCAGACUAUUUCAUCCAGAAAGACCUCUGGUUAGCUAGCUCAUUUAAAACAUGUAAACUUUUUUGACCCUGCCUCUUAAGAGAAUCGAGAAUCGUUAGGAACCGGAAUCGAAAUGAGGAAUCGGAAUCGGAACCGGAAUCGUUCAAAUUCAAACGAUGCCCAACCCUAAUCAUAGGUCAUACACAUUACUUUGUCUUCAGGUACUGCACUUACGGGAGGAGAUGGCUACAUCUUCACAAUAAUUUACACUGCCAUAGUACACUGCUAAACAGUACUGUAACAUGGAUUUGUAUCAGGUUAUGAAGUCAUUUAAAGCAUAACUUUACU